GUGAACCACAGAAGCUCUUUAAUAGCCCAAUGACGCCGUCCAGGGGUAACCUAUAAUAGGACGAAUUAUAUUAAAGUUAAACCUCAGAAUACAUCAAAACUAUAAUGCUUUCUUGCUGUCUACUGUGAUGGAGAAAUAAUACAUGUUAAGUAAACGAUAGUCUUGAUUUUCUAGAUAUUUUACAUGCGAAAAUGACAAAUUACCUGAAUAAUAAUCAUCUCGUCGCUGAUUUAAUGUUCAAUUUAUUUCAGUGGACAUUAAAACACAACAACGCCAUUUCAUCAAAUGGUUAUUACAGGUUGUAUUGGCGUUACUGGCGUUUGCCUCGCGCAUAAUCAAGUUUCCAGCUGCAAUACCAGAAAAAGCCGGAGAAAUAAUAGGACUUAAUAGAAUUAGCCGGUACGAAAUACAUCCACCCGUAACUGUGCGGGGUGAUGCAGCGCCCUCUGUGAUGGAUCGAUCGCUCGCUCGAUCGCUGGCUGGCUGGUUGCCUCUUUACAGCGCGUGGCCCCUCUCUGACGGAUGGAUGGUUCCAUGCCUCGCGAGCGCUGUUGAUGCUUCACUGGAGAAAAUGGCGGCCGCAGUCAGGCAGGAGCUAGCCCAGCUCAUGAACUCAAGCGGGUCUCACAAAGACCUCGCUGGAAAAUACCGACAGAUUCUCGAAAAGGCUAUUCAGUUUACCGACGGGGAACAGCUGGAGGCAUUAAAAGCAUUCGUUGAAGCCAUGGUCAAUGAGAAUGUCAGCUUAGUGAUUUCCAGACAGCUGCUGACGGAUUUCUGCACUCAUCUCCCUAAUCUCCCUGACAGUACGGCCAAGGCGGUCUAUCACUUCACCCUGGAGAAGAUUCAGCCCAGGGUCAUUUCUUUUGAAGAGCAGGUGGCUUCUAUCAGACAGCAUUUGGCAACCAUCUAUGAGAAGGAAGAAGACUGGAGGAAUGCCGCUCAGGUUCUCGUGGGCAUUCCGCUGGAAACAGGACAAAAGCAGUAUAAUGUAGACUACAAGCUCGACACGUACCUGAAGAUCGCUCGUCUAUACCUGGAAGAUGAUGACCCUGUACAGGCGGAGGCAUACAUCAACCGAGCCUCUCUCCUGCAGAAUGAGUCUACCAAUGAGCAACUUCAGAUUCACUAUAAGGUGUGCUACGCCAGAGUCCUGGAUUACAGGCGGAAGUUCAUUGAGGCGGCACAGAGAUACAACGAGCUCUCCUACAAGUCCAUCGUGCACGAGAGUGAGCGUCUGGAGGCGCUGAAGCAUGCCCUACACUGCACCAUUCUGGCCUCGGCAGGCCAGCAGCGCUCCCGCAUGCUCGCCACCCUCUUCAAGGACGAGCGCUGCCAGCAGCUUGCCGCGUACGGCAUCCUGGAGAAGAUGUACCUGGACCGCAUCAUCCGGGGGAACCAGCUGCAGGAGUUUGCGGCCAUGCUGAUGCCGCACCAGAAGGCCACUACGGCGGACGGCUCCAGCAUAUUAGACAGGGCCGUCAUUGAGCACAACCUGCUGUCUGCCAGCAAGCUCUACAAUAACAUCACCUUUGAAGAGCUAGGCGCCCUGCUGGAGAUCCCUCCCGCCAAGGGCGAUUGUUCCAAUGAGGAUGCCCCUGGUUACAGAGCCAACUUGGCGGAGAAGAUCGCCUCGCAGAUGAUCACAGAGGGGCGAAUGAACGGCUUCAUUGAUCAGAUAGACGGGAUAGUCCACUUUGAGACACGCGAGCCGCUGCCCACCUGGGACAAGCAGAUCCAGUCGCUGUGCUUCCAGGUGAACAACCUUCUGGAGAAGAUAAGCCAAGCAGCCCCUGAGUGGACGGCCCAGGCCAUGGAGGCCCAAAUGAGCCAGUAGUCACCCUGGCCGGCUCCCUUUAUCGGACAAUGCUCUGACCCAGAUCGCCUGCUCUGCUCCACAAGUAGGACAAAGGUUACAGAAGCACUGUUGAGUGUCAACCAAAAAGAAAAUCUGUCUUUUGACAAAGUACUCAAGUUAGAUCAAAGGAGUUCACGGUUUCCCUGUUUUUUUUUUUUCUUUUCUUUUCUUUUUUUUGUCCCCCUUCUUCGAAAGAAGAAUACUUUGUUAGACAGCUUCAGUCUCUGGAUGUGGAAUGUGAAAAUCUAAUAGCCUCUGUGUGUGCUUUGUGGCCUUAGCCCUGUCACUAAAUGCCACACUGUCUUGCUGGUUGCUGGUCAGGUGUGAUCAGUUAUUCUGCUGGAAUGGUAUGUGGAUCUGCUGGCCUCCGACCCUGAGAUGUAUCUCGCGGCUGGGCUUCUGACCUCCUCUCAAGUGUGAAAUCGGCGGUGUGCAGUCCUGCUCCAAAUUGGCCCACACGGCUUGUCUUUUUGAUUUCAUUAAAGAACUGGAUCGAGAGUCACCUUGUAUGGUGUUUCAGGAAUCACUUACACGCUAAUAGAAUCAUAAUUAUUAAGCUUGGGCUCUAUCCAUCAAGGAUCAGGGCUGGGCACACCUACUCCAAGCCAGGCUGCGUAUGAGAAUGUCGUCAUCAAGGCUUACUGCAUGAAGAUAUGAAUCAAAUGACCAAAUUUGCACCGAAGACAGAUUACAUAUGGUAAUUAAGCUUUGGACUGAAGGAAAAAAAUUGAGUUAUGAAUGGUUCAUGUUUAGUCCUUUAUUCAUAAAAAGAAUGGGAUGUUGGUUUCAAAUGGACAAUAGACUCGUUUGUUCAUAUCUGGUGUUUACCUACAUGCUUAUUUUUCUGUCAUACUAAGUGAUUAAUUUCCAACAUUUUCAUCGUAAUGUGUUAAGAUGUAAAUCCUGGGCCUAAUGUCUGCCUAGCUUGUUUCACUGAAUAAAUUGUAAGUUGAAA